GUGAUCAUACUAGCAAACAUUAGCAACUAAAAAAUAUUUGAUAACACUAAAUAUGGCAAACCCUAAAGAAAAAGACCCUGUGGACAUAGUUCACCAGAAUGCUAUUCAUGUCGAGACAAUAAUGAAGGAGCUGAGACACCAGAAGCUUUACACUGAGUUUAAUAUCAACCCCUUCAAGAAACUGCACAUUCUGACUGACAAGCCCGUGUCCAACAUCACCUACAGAAAAGAAGAGGAGGACCCUGUUUUCGUCCAGGCUAUACGCAGGGCCCAUCUGGAGCCCACAAAAAAGUACUCUCACCCCCAGACUGAAGCACAAGAGAUAGGAUGGAUAUCAAGUCCUUUAAUUGCCUCAGAUCGUAGUGACAGAAGAUUAAAUUUUCCACGGCAGAACUCUGAAAUCACUAAGUACAUGGACGCUGCAUGGCGAUUGAAGGAGCAGACACAAAAUUUGGGAUGA